CUGAUCAUUAUGUUUGUGAAAAACAAAUUUGAGAAGGUCAGAUGGAUCGUUUGUCACUGGCGAUUAGAAACUCAACCUUGCGCAAUUGGCCAUUACUUUAUGUACUGGAAGAUGAUACACUGUGAAGAGACUCAUACGUAGGUUACGCUGUGGUAAUCCGGAUUAACGACGACGAAAACUGCUAGGCGCUGUACUAAUCCGGAUUAACAACGACGAAGACUGCAAGGCGCUGUAGUAAUCAGGAUUAACAACGACGAAAACUGCCAGGCGCUGUACUAAUCCGGAUUAAAUACGACGAAAAUUGCCAGGCGCUGUACUAAUCCGGAUUAACAACGACGAAAACUGCCAGGCGCUGUACUAAUCCGGAUUAAAUACGACGAAAAUUGCCAGGCGCUGUACUAAGCCGGAUUAACAACGACGAAAACUGCCAGGCGCUGUAGUAAUCUGGAUUAACAACGACGAAAACUGCUAGGUGCUGUACUAAUCCGGAUUAACAACGACGAAAACUGCUAGGCGCUGUAGUAAUCUGGAUUAACAACGACGAAAACUGCUAGGUGCUGUACUAAUCCGGAUUAACAACGACGAAAACUGCCAGGCGCUGUACUAAUCCGGAUUAAAUACGACGAAAAUUGCCAGGCGCUGUACUAAUCCGGAUUAACAACGACGAAAACUGCCAGGCGCUGUAGUAAUCUGGAUUAACAACGACGAAAACUGCUAGGUGCUGUACUAAUCCGGAUUAACAACGACGAAAACUGCUAGGCGCUGUAGUAAUCUGGAUUAACAACGACGAAAACUGCUAGGUGCUGUACUAAUCCGGAUUAACAACGACGAAAACUGCUAGGCGCUGUAGUAAUCUGGAUUAACAACGACGAAAACUGCUAGGUGCUGUACUAAUCCGGAUUAACAACGACGAAAACUGCUAGGCGCUGUAGUAAUCUGGAUUAACAACGACGAAAACUGCUAGGUGCUGUACUAAUCCGGAUUAACAACGACGAAAACUGCCAUUGCAUAUCAGUUCCCAGGAUAAACAAGAUGAAGCUGACAAACAAACUAGAAUGCGCCACAAUUGAUUAAUUCUUGCCUGAACUAAGAACAUAAGGAUACGUAAAGAAAUAUUCAAAGAACUUUAUUUCACCAAUUCUACUUCACAGACAUUUUUCACUGAAUGAAUAUUUCCUAAAGCUGGACUUCUGUUUUUGCCACAAGGAAAGGAGCACACAAAAUUACUCAACACGGAAUAGAAACUACACAAAAGACGCCACCACACUGUUAUACUGCACUAACAUAAAGUAUAACUAGAUAACGAAUACAUUCUGAAAUGCAAAUACAAGUUUCCUGGAGUUUACUACCAGUCUAUAUCGCAGUUUUAGUGAGAAUACUCUUAAACAAACCAAAGCUGAUUUGAACACGCAUAUUUCAAUAACCAGUCAGUUACCACAUUCCCUUAAAUGCUUUCUAAAAUAGCUAUUAAGGUGAUAUAUUCACAGCAGACAUAGAAGGAACUGGUUGAUGCCAUGUUGUAGUUUUCCCAAACAUUAAAGUGUUUAAAAGAACCUUAGAUUCCGUGUCACCUGUGUCUUCCUGUCACACCGCUGCGCCUUCUCGGUUAACCUUAUUUCUCGAUUGUAAUCUUGUCUUGACGACUAUUUCUAAUUAACCAGAAACGAAAUAUGUUAUUAAAUGAGCGUAACUGAUGUGAAUCGAUAAAUGGCAUCCAUGUUUAACGAUAACAAAUUGCAAAUUAUAACAAUUAUCGUGAAAUAUAACUGUACAAAAGGCAGCUUCUUCCUCAUUUUUGAAGAACAUAUUUCAUUCAAUGAAAAACAUAUUUGAGACCCAAGCAAACGGCUUUUAUCUGAUGUGGUUAUAACAAAGCAAACAAUAUGAUGACCUAAUCAAAUAAAUAUGAUGACCUAAUCAAAUAAAUUACAUUGCCUCAAUUGUCUGUUAAUAUUUGUUUCAACAUUUAGGAUUUACAUUAAUCAUCAAUUGAUAUACUUUCAAACAAAGCAUUGUAAGGAUCGGUCGAAAGGACGCAAUAAUGUCGAAAUUUACCAGUUGUAUUAAGCGUUACUGUUCGUGUCGAUGGAGACUGUGCUACGCCUGUGCUAUUGCUUUUCUUCUCACGCAAACAUUAAGAGUCGAUCUGAGCAUGGCUUUUGUGUGUAUGUUGAAAACGCCCAAUCGUACAACUGAGGAACUUAACAUUACUGCAAAUAAUCAUCAUUGUUCUGGUUUAAAUGAUCAUUCUCCGAAUCAAAAUUACGAAGGGGAAUUAGAAUGGAGCGAUACAUUACAAUCAAACAUGUUGGCCGGUUUCUUCUAUGGAUACGUAUCGACUAAUAUUUUGGCUGGUGUAUUGGCAGACAAAUACGGUGGGAAAAGAGUUUUAGGGGUUUCCUUUCUCUCAGCAUCAAUUUUGACCAUUCUUCACCCAAGUUUAUCUCGAAUUAGUGGUUACAUUACUCUGGUUCUAAGGAUAUUAACAGGUGUGGCUUUAGGAUCGAUAUUUCCAGGAAUCCAGUCCUUGUUUGGACGUUGGGUCCCUCCAGAGCAAAUUAGUUUAUUUGUAGGGAUUACACUGGCUGGUCAAAUUCUCGGGAAUAUAUUAGGCUUUUCAAUAUCAGGUUUUCUUUGUGUGUAUGGUUUUGAUAAUGGAUGGGGUUCUAUAUUUUAUAUAUUUGGUGGAAUAUGUUUGGUUUUUAGUUGUGUGUGGUUUUAUGUUGUUUACGACAAUCCAGACGUCCACCCCACUAUCAGCGAAGAAGAACGUUCUUACUUAAACAAAACUAUUACAAGUGAAAAAGAAGUUAAGAAAAUACCUUGGAAGCCAAUGCUAUCCUCACCUGCUUUGUGGGCAAUUACUUUCGGUUUAUUUGCUUAUGGCUGGACUGAUUUAUCUUUCCAGACAUUGCUUCCUCUGUAUAUGAAAGAAGCCUUAAACGUUAAAACCACAACCAACGGUUUAAUGUCGUCUGCUCCUUCGAUUGGACAAAUCUUCGCUUUACCUUUGUGGGGGAAACUUGCUGAUGUUUUACGUUCAAAGAAAUGUCUGUCAACUCGUUCUGUGCGAGUUUUAUUCCACACUUUGUCUAUGUUAGGUUCAGCAAGUCUGCUAAUUGCCAUAGGAUUCCUCAGAUGUGACCAAACCAUUCUAAUAAGUCUCCUUUUGUUUUUCAGUGGUAUAAUAAUGUCGUUUUCUAGUGGUUCUGUUUUCGUCAAUCACAAUGACAUUGCUCCAAGUUAUGCUGGUAUUGUGUUUGGAAUUGCCAACACUUUCGCCACAACGUCUGGCAGUAUUAGUUCCUUAACUACAAAAGCCUUAACCCCAAACGGUACACAACAAGAAUGGCAACUCGUGUUUGCCUUAUGUGCCGCUAUAUGUGUGUGUGGUGCGAUAUUGUAUGCAACUAUGGCAAGAGGCGAAAUCCAAGAAUGGGCGCGUAGCGACGAGUCUGGCGUAUCUGUUCAUCUCAAAGACACAAAAAGAGAGAAAACAGUCUAAAUAGCUUUCUGAGAAUUUACAAGCAAGUGCACGUGACAUUGUUAUUGUAUCUAGCAAUACAUAGGUGUGUUUAUAUACGUCUGUAUGUAUGUAUAUAUACAUAU